AUGCGUGGGGCGAGCGUCGACCCAACUGCCAUCAGCUACGGUGCUGGAAUCAGCGCGUGCGAGAAGGGCGGGAAGUGGCAACACGCGCUGACGCUACACGGCGGAAUGAGGGACGCGAAGUUGGAGCCGAGCGUCAUCUGCUUCAGCGCUGCAGUCAGUGCUUGCGAGAAGUGUGGGCAGUGGCGGCCAGCGCUGGCACUGCUCGAUGAGCUGCGGGAGACGAGCCUACAGCUGGACGUGAUCGUCUACAACGCGGGAGUCAGCGCCUGCGAGAAAGGUGGGCAGUGGCAGCGGGCAUUGUCGCUGCUCCGGGACAUGGGGCAUGUUGACAUCGAGCUGAACGUUAUCAGCUACAGUUCUGGAAUCAGUGCUUGCGAGAAGGACGGGCAGUGGCAGCAGGCAGUGCUGCUGCUGGUCGAGCUGCGGGAGCUGAGACUCGAGCCGAAUACGAUCACCUACAACGCAGGCAUCAGCGCUUGCGAGAAAGGUUCGCAGUGGGAGCACGCGCUAUCGCUUUUCCGGCACAUGGUCGAAGCGGAGGUGGGGCCAGAUACCAUCAGCUUCAAUGCCGGGAUCAGCGCCUGCGAAAAGAGUGGUGAGUGGCAGCACGCCUUGUCGCUGCUCAGGGAUAUGCGAGAUAUGAAAUCAGAGCCCGACGUCGUCAGCUACUGCGCUGGAACCAGUGCCUGUGAGAAGGGUGGGCAGUGGCAGCGAUCUCUGUGGCUGCUCAGCGAAAUGGAAGACCUGAAAUUGGAUCCAGGAAUUGUUGGCUAUUGUGCUGGAAUCAGUGCAUGCGGGACGGGUUUGGCGUGGCAGCAAGCCUUGUCGUUGUUCGGUGACAUAAGGAGUGCCGCAUUGGAGCCGAAUACCAUAAGCUAUAACGCCGCGCUGAGCGCUUGCGAGAAAGGCCUUCAGUGGCAGCGCGCGCUGUCACUGCUCAGGGAACUGGGGAAGGCGAAGCUGGAGCUGUGCGUGAUCAGCUUCAAUGCUGGAAUCAGCGCGUGCGAGAAAGGUGGUCAGUGGCAGAGGGCGCUGUCGUUGCUCAAAGAGCUACGUGGGGAGAGACUGGAGCCUAAUACUGUCAGCUACAAUGCUGGAAUCAGUUCUUGCGAGAAGUGUGAGCAGUGGCAUCGAGCGUUGGCACUGCUCAGGGAGAUGCGAGAGAUCAAGCUGGAUCAAGAUGAGAUAAGCUACAACGCUGGAAUCAGCGCGUGCGAGAAAGGUGGGCAGUGGGAGCAGGCACUUUCGCUUCUUAGGGAGAUGGGCACGGCGAGUUUGAAGCCAGGCCGCAUCAGCUGCAGUGCUGGAAUCAGCGCGUGCCAGAAGGGUGGGCAGUGGCAACAGGCACUGCUGUUGCUCAGUGAGAUGGGUGACGUGCGCUUGGAGCCAGAUAUUGUCAGCUACAGUAGUGGAGCCGGUGCAUGCGAGAGCAGUGGGCAGGGGCAGCAUGUGCUGUCGCUGCUCAGCAGCAUGCACAGUUCUUUGUGGUCGAGGGGCUCGCUCUCCAGGAGUCGUGUGGUGUAG